GGGGGGGGUGGUACCGGGCACUGCGCAUGCGGAGCUCCAAAUUCAAACAGCUGUGUCCAGGGCUGCAGUACGGUGGACCCAGAGCCACUGGAACUAGGGAACGCUUUCUCCAGGAGGUGGCCACUGAAGAGCCAUGGUGGACCGGGGUCCCUUACUCACCUCGGCCAUCAUUUUCUACCUGGCCAUCGGGGCGGCGAUCUUCGAAGUGCUGGAGGAGCCUCACUGGAAGGAGGCCAAGAAAAACUACUAUACACAGAAACUGCAUCUACUCAAGGAGUUUCCGUGCCUGAGCCAGGAGGGCCUGGACAAGAUCCUACAGGUGGUGUCUGUUGCUGCAGAUCAGGGUGUGGCCAUUACAGGGAACCAGACUUUCAACAAUUGGAACUGGCCUAAUGCCAUGAUUUUUGCAGCCACGGUCAUUACUACCAUUGGUUAUGGCAAUGUGGCUCCCAAGACCCCAGCUGGGCGUCUCUUUUGUGUCUUCUAUGGUCUGUUUGGGGUGCCACUGUGCUUGACAUGGAUCAGCGCCCUGGGCAAGUUCUUUGGGGGACGUGCCAAGAGGCUGGGCCAGUUUCUUACCAGGAGAGGAGUUAGUCUGCGGAAGGCUCAGAUCACAUGCACGGCCAUCUUCAUCGUGUGGGGUGUCCUGGUCCACCUGGUGAUCCCACCCUUUGUGUUCAUGGUGACAGAAAAAUGGAACUACAUCGAGGGCCUCUACUACUCCUUCAUCACCAUUUCCACCAUUGGCUUUGGGGACUUUGUGGCCGGUGUGAACCCCAGUGCCAACUACCAUGCCCUGUACCGCUACUUCGUGGAGCUUUGGAUCUACCUGGGGCUGGCCUGGCUGUCCCUCUUUGUCAAUUGGAAGGUGAGCAUGUUUGUGGAAGUGCACAAAGCCAUUAAGAAGAGGCGACGGCGGCGAAAGGAAUCCUUUGAGAGCUCCCCACACUCCCGGAAGGUUCUGCAGAUGGGUGGCAGUACAGCCUCCAAAGAUGUCAACAUCUUUAGCUUUUUAUCCAAAAAGGAGGAGACCUACAAUGAUCUCAUCAAACAAAUUGGGAAAAAGGCAAUGAAAACAAGUGGGGGUGGGGAGAGGUUGCCAGGACCUGGGCAUGGGCUGGGAGCUCAAGGGGAUGGACUGUCUAACAUCCCUGCAUCUCUGGUACCUUUGGUGGUCUAUUCCAAGACUCGAGUGCCCAGCUUGGAAGAGGUAUCUCAGACUCUAAGGAGCAAAGGACAUGUGUCUAGGCCAGUUGGUCCUGAGGCUGAGGCACAGGCUCCCAAAGAUGGCUACCCAACCUCUGAAGUGUUUGUUAACCAGCUAGACCGUAUCAGUGAGGAGGGUGAGCCAUGGGAAGCCCUAGACUACCAUCCUCUCAUCUUUCAAAAUGCCAACAUUACCUUUGAAAAUGAGGAAACUGGCCUCUCAGAUGAGGAGACCUCCAAGUCUUCCGUGGAGGACAACUUGACCUCCAAGGAGCAGCCUCAACAGGGGGCUGCAGCUGAGGUGCCCUUGAGCACAGGUGAAUUCCCUUCAUCAGAUGAGUCUACCUUCACCAGCACCGAGUCAGAGCUCUCUGUGCCUUAUGAGCAACUGAUGAAUGAAUACAACAAGGUGGACAGCCCCAGAGGCACGUGAGGAGGGCCUGGCUCCCCGCCUGCUCUCCAGUGGCUUCUUCCCCUC